CAAACGCAGUGAUGUAAGCUUGUUUGUGCAGAACUAACCGAGCAUAUGCAGAGAUUUAGGUUGUGCGCAGUGGACUGAACUGACCUGUUUGUUAUUCUAAGUGCUCAGCUGGAUAAAGUAAACGAAGGUUUAGUGUCGUGUGCUGCCUGCCUUUUCAGUUUCCACUGAAAGGCAGCCAUGCAGCUUCUAGGGACCUCUGUCAUUUUCUCCAUCCUGCUGCACACUAUGUGUGCACAGGUGGAGGACUGGCAGACGGCUAAGUCUAUUUAUGACUUCACUGCCACUGAUGUAGAUGGCAACCAGGUGUCUCUGGAGAAAUACAGGGACAUGGUUGUCAUCAUUACAAAUGUUGCCUCUAAAUGAGGCAAGACCCCCAUAAACUACUCUCAGUUUGCAGAGAUGCACGCCAAGUACGCUGAGAGAGGUUUAAGCAUCCUGGCUUUCCCAUCCAACCAGUUUGGGAAACAGGAACCUGGCACCAACAGUCAGAUCAAACAAUUUGCCAAAUCAUACGAUGCCCAGUACGACUUGUUCAGCAAGAUUGAUGUGAAUGGGCCAGAUGCUCAUCCUCUGUGGAAGUGGCUUAAAGAACAACCCAACGGCAAAGGAUUCUUCGGAAAUGGCAUCAAAUGGAAUUUCACCAAGUUCCUCAUCAACCGACAAGGCCAGGUUAUGAAGAGAUACUCUCCAUGGACUGAUCCACGUGAAAUAGAAAAGGAUCUUCCAGAGUAUCUGUAAACUCUGCAUUAACUUCACACAAAGCCCCCCCCCCUUUUUUUUUUUUUCGUUUCUUCUGUGGACUGCUGAGCUUCAGUGGUAUCAUCUCUGGAUUAAUGACGGCUUGUCCUGAAACCCGCCCUGCGGAAAGGACAGGCCUGAUGCAUUUGGCGUGCAACUCCUCCUGGGAAGAUACCCAUGGCGCAGAUGGUCAGCUGUAAAGAAACGCAUUUCUUCUUUACCCUAAUACUUUUAAAAAAUACCAUGGUUAUUUCAGAUACAGCGAAAAUACUUUUGUAAAAGCUUUAUAAACGUAGUCUUAAAGACAUCUGUACUCAUCAUAUAUAUAAACUACACAUGCUUGUCAUCAUCUUUUAGUGGAAUUGUGCAGGUAGAGCAGGUAUAUAUGCAGUAAUGCAUGAUGGUAUUUUACAUGCUCAUGUUUUAAUAUAAAAACAAUAAAGUUAUCAUUUAGAGCUGA